UAGAUGACUCAAACUUUUAGUUCCCCAACUGCAACAUGAGUAAACUGUCGGUCUCUGUCGCACUGUGCGCCGUAUUGGUCUGCCUGAGCUCGGCCCAGACGCGGAACUGUCCUCGGAAAUGCAACGUGUACGCUCGAUGUUCGCCCUAUCAUAAGGAUCUGGUGUGGAGCAUUGUCGAUGGCACUUGCCGAGUCUUUCAAAAUGGCUGCCUUUUCGGAUCGGAGAACUGCAAUCGGGUGAACAGCUGCAAGCCGAAAAUGGUGAGCACAACUGCGGAGGCCUGCAAGAAGCGUUGCAUCCAGAUCUGCCCCUUCGGCGGCAGUGGAGUUUGUGCCUCAUUCGCGGAAACUAACAAAGAUGGCACCAAUGUAUGGAAGUACAAGACUUUCAUCAAUGGCUGUCUGCUGGCGCAAUAUGCCUGCGAAAACGGAAUAGCGUAUAUCGGCGAGCCCACUGAGGGCGAGUGCCCAGAAUAACUAAGCUGAAAUUGAAGUGAACCAAAGUACCGGAACUUUAA